UAAUGUUAAUAUUGAUAGUGUUAUCAUUUGCUUAUGCUCAAAUAUAGGAUGAACAAUAACUGACAAAUGCAGCUUGUGUUAUUUUUUCUAGAUACUAUUUGCAAUCAAAUUAAGAGUUAGCUGGAAGAGCUGUAGGAGAAAUGAUUCAAUUAUAAUAACUAACAAAAGAAGAUGCAGUGAUGUUUGCUGUUGCUUCUUUGGUUGAAUCCUGUUUAGAAAGUAUCUCUACUUAGGAGACAAUGGAGGUAAGGAUUAUAAUAUACAAUAGAUUAUUCAAUAAUUACAAUCAUAAAAAAUAAAUUUGGAAGCACAUUAACAUUUAGUUGAAAAAGCUGAUUUAAAGAAGUAUGGAUCAAAAAAGAAGAGCGCAAAAAAAAAUGAAAUUCUUAAGAUAAUUAAAUCCAUUGAUGAUAUGGUUAAUUAAUAAAAAAGAGAGCAUGAAGGAGGUGAUGAUGGAAAUGAUUAAUCAGAAACAGGAAGAAAAAGAUAAAGAAAUAAAGGUAAAUAAUAAGAAUUACCUGAUAUGUCUAUUUUUGAAUUGAAAGAAUGGUUAGUUCUAUCAUCAUUUGUUUUAGUAGGUGUUUUACUUUCAUAUAUAAGUAAAUCAUUUCUUAAAUUUUUAGUUUGUUGUGUUCCAGAAAGAAAGAAAAAAGAAAAAAAAGAUAAGACUAAAGUUAAAUCAAAAGAUUAAAAUGAUGAUAAAUUAUCACCUAAAAAGGAAGAAGAAAAUUCAUAAGAGGAGGAUGAAAGUUCUCCUAAAGAAGUUGCAGAAAAUAAGGAAAAAAAGAAAGUAGAAUGAGUGU